UUGAAUCAGCACAGACGGAGUAUUUUUGGGUGGUGCAAAUUUUUACUGUUUUUCGCAGAUAAUCGUAGUAUUUGCGAAAAGAUUUACACAGUUUAUAUCACGGUAGUUGUUGGAAUGUCCCUACUCUGCAACACCGGAGAUUGGUUCACGCUAGGCCAUGGCAAUUCGUACAGAAAAAUCGACCUGUACACUAUGGACUGGCCGGCCAGUAUCAACCUGGAACAGAUGGUGGUGCAUGCGGCCUCCUACGGGGGCCCGAUCGCGCUGGUUAAAGACUUCAAGCAGUUUCUCAAACUGACCGGUACCGGAUCAACGAAACCGAUGGUUCGAAUUUUCAACUGCGCCGGGAAGCUGAUAUCGUCGAUAAGUUGGGACAACGGUAACCUGGUCUGCAUGGGUUGGUCCGACGCGGAAGAGUUCCUCUGCGUACAGGACGAUGGAUUCGUGUGGAUCUACGACAUGUUCGGUAACUAUCAGCACAAGUUCAGCAUGGGGAAAGAUGUGACGGAGGUGAUCGAUGCGAAGAUCUUUGCGUCCAGUUCGGGGACAGGGGUGGCAGUGAUCACGGCCAGUUACAAGAUCUACAUCGUUAACAGUAUCAAGGAUCCGAAAUCGCGUCCAUUGUCAGAACUGUUAACCUUAUCCAGGGAUCUAACCUGCUGGGAAUUGGUGUCUCAGGAGCGUAACACUUGCUGCCUAUUAGCCCGUGAUACGGAAAUUAUGCUGGCUCGACACGGAGACAGUGCUCCGAUAACUCACAUAAUCACGAUGAAAGCCGAAUUCAGUAGCAUCGUAGCAAUGUCUGUUUCCUUCAAUCAUCGCCAUCUAGCGAUGUACACCAACACGGGUGUCCUUUGGUUAGGAUCGGCUGAUUUAAAAACUAAAUACUGCGAAUUUUCUACCGGUCGCAACGAACGGCCACAGCAGAUUAUGUGGUGUUGUGAUGAAAAUCCUCAUCCCGAUCGGCAAGCUGUCGUCGUUGGUUAUCCCUCGUUGGUACUAGUUGUUGGAAUGACCGGGGAUUCCAACAUCUACACCUAUGAUUCCCCAACCGUUUUAAUCCAGGAGAUGGAUUCCGUUCGAAUCCUAACCAACUCCUACCACGAACUGAUACAAAGAGUUCCGAGAUGUACGAGCAACAUUUUCGGUAUCAACAUUUCCGAGCCAGCUAGCUUCUUAUUCGAAGCACAUCGAAAGUUCCAGGAACGGAGCCAUCAAUCCGACGAAUAUCUGUGCUUGAUUCAGAACCGAUUAGCUUCCGCAGUUGCCGAAUGCGUGGAAGCUGCCGGUCAGGAAUUUGAUCCACAUACGCAAAAAAGUUUAAUUCGUGCGGCCUAUUUCGGAAAGGGCUUCCUGGCUGGAUACUCCCCAGACAACUACAUCGAGAUGUGCCGGAUUCUGCGGGUUCUGAAUGCUUUACGCGAUCGCAACGUUGGAAUGCCGCUGACUUUAAGACAAUUCAACUAUCUUCAGCCACUGGUCAUCUUGGAUAGGUUGAUCUUUCGUAAGCAUUACGCUUUGGCGAUUCAGAUUGCGAAGCACUUGAAGCUUCCCGAGUCUCGUAUUUUGGAGCACUGGGCGUUUCACAAAAUUGUACAUGACAAAAACGAAGAGGACGUCGCCCGCAAGAUAUCGGAAAAGUUCCUCUCGCACCAAACGCUUGAGCGAAUUUCGUUCGCGAAUGUGGCUAAAAAAGCCCAACAGGUAGGAAAAACCAAGCUGGCGAUCACACUGCUAGAGCUUGAACCUAGAAAAAGUCUGCGGGUGCCGUUGCUGCUUAAGCUCGGUGCCAAUGAGAAGGCUCUGGUCGCUGCCACCCAGUCCGGCGAUACGGACCUGAUCUACAUGGUGAUUCUGGAGAUGAAGAGUACAACGGCGCUGGCAAAGUUUCAGAUGACCAUUCGACGUUUUCCGCUGGCUCAGAAUCUUUACAAAAAAUACUGCCAGGCGAACAGUUUGUCCACGCUGAAGGACAUUUACUCGCAGGAGGAUGACUUCCAGUCUCAGGCAGAGUUGGGCUUGCGCGAAGCGUUAGAGAUUAACAACGUGGAGGUUUCCAUUCCGGAUAUAAGUGGCAACUAUAAGAAGGCUAACAAAUCGCCGGAAACGGAAGCUUGUGAUGAGACGAAGAAGCUUAUGAAGCAUCAGAAGGAUCUCGACGAAAAGUACCAAAAGCGACUGUACGGAAAGCCCCUGCAUGCGACGAUUCGGCAGUUACUGAUCCUAGGGGAUCUUAAACAAGCUGAACGAUUGAAGAGCGAGUUUCGAGUACCAGAUCGCCGCUUCUGGUGGCUUCGGAUUCAAACUAUGGCCCAGCAAUUCCAGUGGGACGAACUGGAGAAGUUCGCCAAGGGUAAAAAAAGUCCCAUCGGGUACGAACCGUUCGUUGAAGCGUGCCUCAGCCAGCGCCGGACGGAUGAGGCUAAGAAGUACCUUCCGCGGUGUAGCGAGGAAAACAAGUUCAAGUGGUACCUGCGAGCUGGAUGUCACGUGGAGGCCGCUUCCAUUGCGUACGAACAGAAGGACAUUGAUAGUUUGCUGAAAAUCUACGAUUACUGCUCCAAUGAUUCGGCGCUGUCGGCCAGGGUGGAAAGCCUGAUUGGGCAGCUGUCGUCGAAGAAGUGAAUGGAGUUUUGAUUGUAUGAAAUGGGAAUGAUUUUUUUGUUGUAAACAUAAUUAUAAAUAUACUCGUAAUUAGAGC